AAAAUAAUAAAAAUAAAAGGUGGAAAGUUUCUAUGAGCCCGCCUCCGCCUGGCUCUAUUUUUUAUUUUUAUGAUAGUUCAGUGAUUUAAUAAUGGUAAACCCAGUAGAAGCUAGUUUCUUCACCAUAGUAUAGUAAAACUAAUUAACGCCGUAUUGUAAAAUAUUAAAUAGGAAAAUGUCAGUGCAAUUUUAAAUUUGUGAUUCAGGGGCAAAUUUGAAAACUUUAAAAGACGAGCAAUAAAAUGUCUCAUAAUACUGGGGUGUUACCCUUCGUAAGAGGCAUAGACUUCACUAGGAAUGAUUUUAGUAAUAACAAAUUUCCGGAUGCAGUAGGCCAUAUGACUGGAGUCCAAUGGCUUAAACUAGACAGAACAAACCUAACUGAAAUACCUAAGGAAAUGGGAAACUUAAUGAAGUUGGAACACCUUUCUUUAACUAGAAAUAAUUUGGAGAAGUUAUAUGGAGAGCUAACAGAACUCAACUGCUUGAGAACUCUAAACCUCAGACAUAACAAUGUGAAAACCUCAGGCAUCCCAUCUGAAUUAUUCAAUCUGGAUGAACUCAGCACUUUAGAUCUGAGCCAUAAUAAUUUGAAGGAAGUUCCUGAAGGAUUGGACAGAGCAAAAAGCCUACUAGUUUUAAAUUUAAGUUCCAAUCACAUCGAUGCCAUACCUAAUUCGCUUUUUAUCAAAUUGACAGACCUAUUAUUUUUGGAUUUGAGUAACAAUAAUUUGGAAACACUGCCUCCCCAAACAAGACGUCUGGCCAAUUUACAAACAUUUAUCUUGAAUAACAAUCCUAUGGCUCAUUUUCAAUUGAGACAGUUGCCUAGUUUGAUAAAUUUGGAAACACUUCAUCUGAGGAACACACAAAGAAAUCUAAGUAAUUUUCCUACUAAUUUGGAUAAUUUGACCAACUUGACUGAUGUGGAUUUGUCUGAAAAUGCUUUGCCCAAAGUGCCAGAGGCUUUGUACUCUUUAGCCAGCUUAAAACGAUUGAAUUUGAGUGAUAAUGAAAUCACUGAACUGUCCUCAGCUAUAGAAUUUUGGCAAAAACUGGAGACCCUAAACUUAUCUCAUAAUAAAUUAACAAGUUUGCCUUCAACUUUAUGUAAACUACAGUGUCUGAGAAGACUUUUCGUCAACGAUAAUCAGUUGGAUUUUGAAGGUAUUCCUUCAGGUAUCGGAAAAUUAGGAGCUUUGGAAACAUUUUCGGCUGCCCAUAACCACCUAGAAAUGAUCCCGGAAGGGUUAUGUAGAUGCGGAUCGCUUAAAAAACUUAAUUUGAGUUCGAAUCGUCUUAUAAGCCUUCCCGAUACAAUACACUUAUUAAAUGACUUAGACGUAUUGGAUCUAAAAAACAAUCCGGACUUAGUAAUGCCUCCAAAACCCAAUGAAAUGACCAGAGGUGCAGGACUUGAAUUUUACAAUAUUGAUUUUUCUUUGCAAAAUCAACUUCGUUUAGCUGGUGCAACACCCCCUACUCCUUUGCCAGCACAAAAUCCUAGCAAAGAUCCAAUAGCAAGAAAAAUGAGGCUUAGGCGAGGUCGGAGAGAUCAUGAGGAAGCUGAUCAAGAUCAAGCUAAAAUUUUAAAGGGCAUGAAAGAUAUUGCAAAGGAAAAAAACUUGAGUUCUCAGGAGGAAGUGGCUAAAGCAGAAUCAUUAAAGCCUAAGCGUUGGGAUGAGUCAUUAGAAAAGCCACCUUUGGAUUAUUCAGAAUUCUUCGACGAAGACGCCGGUCAAGUUCCAGGUUUAACAAUCUGGGAAAUUGAAAAUUUUCUGCCUAAUCGUAUUGAAGAAGUUGCCUAUGGUAAAUUUUAUGAAGGCGAUUGUUAUAUUGUCUUGAAGACAAGUGAAGACGAAAAUCAGAGUUUGAGUUGGGAAAUAUAUUUCUGGAUUGGAGAAAAAACAUCUCUGGAUAAAAAAGCAUGUUCGGCAAUUCACGCUGUAAAUUUAAGAAACUAUUUAGGAGCUCAAUGCAGGACUAUAAGGGAAGAACAGGGUGACGAAUCAGAUGAAUUUCUCAAUUUGUUCGAUACACAAAUUACUUACAUUCAAGGCGGCAGGACUUCCAGUGGCUUUUAUACUGUUGAAGAUUUGACGUUUGAAACACGGUUGUAUAGAAUACACGGAGCUGGUCCUUCGAUUCAUCUAGAACCAGUUGCUAUCAGCCCAUAUUCCUUGGAUCCGCGAUAUGUUUUUAUAUUAGAUAAAGGAAUGUCAAUAUUUAUUUGGAAUGGCAAGAAAGCGAAAAACACUUUGAAGUCAAAGGCCAGACUAAUGUGCGAGAAAAUCAACAAAAACGAAAGAAAAAACAAAGCCGAAAUAAAUGGAGAAAUUGUGGGUGAUGAAAGUAAAGAAUUUUGGACUACUUUGGGUUUACCUGAGGGCGUUUCACCACAGGAAGUAGUGACUGAACAUGUUGAUCCAGAAUUCACGCCAGUGCCUCCCAGGCUAUACAAAGUACAACUUGGAAUGGGUUAUUUAGAAUUACCACAAGUCGAGGUGCCUCAUGGAAAACUAGUCAAUACUUUGUUAGGCAGUAAAAAUAUUUAUAUUUUGGAUUGUUACUUGGAUGUGUUUGUUUGGAUCGGAAAGAAAUCUACAAGAUUGGUAAAUGCAGCAGCUGUUAAAUUAUCUGAAGAGCUUUUCAAUAUGAUUGAUAGGCCAGACCACGCGCAAGUUACGAGAGUUAGGGAAGGAACUGAGCCACAGGUAUUCAAAUGUAAAUUUGUUGGUUGGGAUGAAGUUAUAGCUGUUGAUUUUACACGCACUGCGGAAUCUGUUCAAAAAACUGGUGCUGACUUGACCAAAUGGGCUAAACAACAAGAAACCAAGACCGAUUUGACAGCUUUGUUUACACCCAGGCAACCAACAAUGGCUCUACACGAAGCACAACAGCUAAUGGACGAAUGGAACGAAGAUUUAGAAGGAAUGGAAGCUUUUGUCCUCGAAGGCAAGAAGUUUGUAAGGUUGCCAGAAGAUGAAAUGGGUCAUUUUUAUUCGAAAGAUUGCUACGUGUUUCUUUGCCGUUAUUGGGUACCUUUGGAAGAUGAAGAUGCACCCGUGGACGAAAUGGACGAUAUCCCACAGGUUGUUGUGUAUUUCUGGCAAGGCAGGGAAGCCUCCAAUAUGGGCUGGCUAACUUUUACCUUCACCUUGCAGAAGAAAUUCAAAGCAGUAUUUCAGGACAAUCUGGAAGUGGUGAGGACCCACCAACAACAAGAAAACAUGAAAUUUAUGGCACAUUUCAAAAGGAAAUUCAUUAUUCAUCAGGGCAAAAGGAAAGUGAAGGAGAAAAAUGCUGUCGAAUUUUAUCAUUUGAGGUCGAAUGGCAGCGCAUUGUACACGAGAUUGGUACAAAUCAGACCUGACGCUUCACUACUUAACUCAGCCUUUUGUUAUAUUCUGAGAGUUCCGUUUGAACAAGACGAUGAUCCAGAUUCUGGCAUUGUAUAUGUAUGGAUUGGAUCAAAAUCGGACCCAGAAGAGUCAAAGCUUAUUCAAGAUAUUGCUGAAGAAUUGUUCAAUAGUCCUUGGGUUAGCUUGCAGGUACUUUCUGAAGGGGAAGAGCCUGACAAUUUCUUCUGGCUGGGACUUGGCGGAAAGAAACCAUACGAAACUGACGCCACUUUCAUGCAAUUCACAAGACUGUUUAGGUGCUCAAAUGAAAAGGGAUAUUUUGUUGUAUCAGAAAAAUGCUCAGAUUUUUGUCAGGACGACUUGGCUGAUGAUGAUAUAAUGAUACUUGACAAUGGAGAGCAAAUAUUUUUAUGGCUUGGACCAAAAUGCAGUGAAAUUGAGAUCAAGCUUGCCUACAAAUCAGCACAGGUCUAUUUGCAACAUAUGCGAGUCAAGCAACCAAAUCAGCCAAGGCAGUUAUUCCUAACUGUGAAGAAUAAGGAACCUAAACGAUUUACAAAGUGCUUCCAUGGUUGGGGGAUACACAAGAGACCGCCAGAAUAAUCCCAAAGUGAAAUAUUGAAGUGAAUAUUUUUAAAUUUAUAUUUAUAUCUUUAUACUUUUUUUUUUAAUUAAUGUAUUAUGUGAAUAAUUCUAUUUCUACUGUGUUAACUUUCUAUGAUACUUAAUUUUAUUAUAAUUAAAUUUGAUUUAAAAGUCUAAUAACGUGCCAAAACAUUUUUGUUUUAAAGCGGUUUCCAUGUUCAUAUUCAACAGCAGAGCAGUUUUACAUGACAAAAAAAUUGAAAAAGAUGCAGAAAUGCAGCUGGAUGAAUUGCGUUGGCUAUUUCAUAAGUGCUUUCCAGUAUUCCGUCCCUAACUGCUUAUAAAACCAUAUGGUUUUUCGAUAAUUUCACUACAUUUUCAAAGUCACAUGUCAAGUAUUGAAAACCAACAAAAUCCAGAAUACAUUUUUCAAGUUGGUCUUCAAACACUAAAGUAGAAGAAAGACUACAUAACUAUGGGUUUUCAAGCAUACCUACCAUGUAUUAGUUUGCAAAAUAAAAAAAUAUAUUUAGUUUGAAAUCACAUUAUACAUAUCAUCUCAUUCCUGCUUUAAUAAAAUCUCAAAAAACAAUCUUUAUUUUUUUCCAGCCAAAGGAAUUAUCUGAUGUCUCAUCUGAUGCAA